CAACAACCUGGGGCACGCGCUGAGUCGUGGCCGGGAGGCGGGCCUGCAAAAAGCAUGCAACAUGGAUUGAAGAAGGGUGAAAAGAGGGAGGAGUGAGACGCCAAGGACAACAAUGGUGGUAGGAUCUGGACUGAGAGAUUUUUAUAAUUCAGCAGAACAUGGGACAUGGUGGGAGUCAUAGUCUGGGGAUUCCUUCUGGGAAAGGGCCACAUCUUGUUGGAUGUAUAGAUAUUAUGACUGAUCACACAAUUCAGGGAAGUUUCUUGCGCCUGUACUACCCAUGUGUUCAUCGUGAAAAGCAUCAACAGCCACUGUGGAUUCCCAGACAUGAAUAUUACAAUGGACUUGCUGAUUUUCUUAAAUACAGCAGAAAAAUUACGGAUUAUAUUUUAAAGCAUUUGUAUGGGUCAUACAUUGUUCCUGUUGAAUGGGAUGCCCCAUUUAAAUCAGAUGGAAAAUAUCCCCUGGUAAUCUUCUCCCAUGGCCUUGGAGCUUUCAGGACUGUUUAUUCGGCUAUAUGCAUUGAAAUAGCUUCUAGGGGAUUUGUCGUUGCUGCUGUGGAACACAGGGAUAGAUCAGCAUCAGCAACCUACUACUUUGAAGAGAAAACCAGAACAAACUCUGAAGGAGAGCAACUAAGCGUACCCACCAGUUCAACGUUGACGUUGGAUCAGUUGGAGGAGAAGUGGCUUUACUAUAAGCCGCACAAACAGGGGGAAGACGAAUUCCUAUUCCGAAAUCGCCAGGUACAUCAGCGAGGAGAAGAAUGUACCAGGGCCUUAAAUCUGCUUACUGAUAUAAACAAGGGAAUAAUGGUGCAGAAUGUAUUCCCAUUAGACUUUGAUUUCUCCAAAAUGAAGGAUUGUCUUGAUCUGUGUAAAGUAGCUAUUAUGGGCCAUUCAUUUGGUGGUGCCACAGUUCUUGAUUCACUUAGCAAAGAGCAUCGAUUUAGCUGUGGAGUGGCAUUAGAUGCAUGGAUGUUCCCACUGGAAGAUGACAUACAUACAAGGAUACAGAAGCCAAUAUUAUUCAUCAACUCAGAAAAAUUCCAGUGGCUUCCAAAUAUUCUGAAAAUUAAACAACUUGAUUCAACCACAAUACAACGAAAGAUGAUAACAAUAAUGGGAACAGUUCACCAGAGUUUCCCUGAUUUUACAUUUUUGACUGGCCAUUUCAUUGGAAGGAUGUUUGGGCUGAAAGGAACAAUAGAUCCCCAUAUAGCAAUUGAUAUUAGCAACAAAGCUGCUUUAGCAUUUAUGCAAAGGCACUUGGGUCUUCAGCAAGAUUUUGAUCAGUGGGACGCUCUUAUUGAUGGAAAAGGAGAACAUAUUAUUCCUGGCACAAAUGUUCCUCUGCCUCCAUCAAAUUCUCAAUCUACACAAUGACUAUGCCGCCUUUGAAUAUACCCCAGAAAAAUGUGUGCACUGAUUUACCUGUAGUAAAUAGUGUGCACUAUAUAGCCCUUUUUAAUAUCAUCAGCCAUACAAAACUCAUUACCUCCAUAAUUUUGUUUCCUUUUGUUGCUUGUAGACCCAUGUUUCACAAACAUUACAAUAUUCAGGUUACUGUCUAAUUAUUCUAGUAUUAAGACAGUGGGAUGCAAGUGUGAGGUAUCCAAAUGUUUAUAUAUUUUAACCGAUGUUUCAUAUACUAAAUUGCCACAGCUUUUAAAGUGGUGAAUUAUUAGAUUAAGUAUUUUAAUAUUGAACCCAAUGUUUAAAUCUCCAGUACAUUUUUUACUCGCCACGCUGUUUUGAAGCUGUAAAUUAAUUCUUUGACUGAUUACAAUAAUUCUCAAAACCAAAAGUGUAAAUUAGAUUUCUGGAGGGUGAUUGUGAAGUUUUUCUCUGCACUGUUAGCUAAAAUUUUUAAUUCCAUCCGGAGAAAGAAAUAAGAUCAAAAUGUUGCUGAAGAUCUGGUAAUAAAGUUUGUUCAGAUUAAUCCAGAUUCUUUGCAUUGUUUCCUUCUCCCAAUGGAUUUUUAAAAUUAACACUGAUCUCUCUUUUCACAGUAGCAAAACUUUGCAUUUGGUCGAUUUGUUGAAUAACUAAGCUUUUUUUAAAUCAUUGGUCAAAUGUGUCCAUGGUAACCUCCUCAGACUCCAAGUGCUGUUUGGUUCAUCAGGAGCAAAGUAAAACUGCUACACCAUUACAACUACAUGCAUUGUACUCCCCAUUUCUACUGACUGCCCAGUUAAAAUAUUGACAAUGCUUUCAGCAAAUGAUGCAUUAGACCCAAUUAACACAAGUACAGUUAUGUGUUGGCAUUUUAAUGGGCCUGUCCAACUUAGGUGAUUUUUCAGCGGACUGCCGGCGACUGUCAAAUUGCCGGCAGUCGCCUGAAAAACUGGCAACUGGAACGGCGACUGUCAAGAGUGGAACACACCCACACACACAUCGCUUCUUUCACCAGCCCGUUAUGCAGGCGGGGGGACAGGGCAAGCGGGGGGAGCGCGUUCUAAAAAAUUCACACGGUGCAAAGCCAAGGUGAAACAGACACACACACCACGAUAAACAGGAAGGUUGGCUCUGUAAAAAGACAGCUAAAGUACAGUCUGCGGUAAGUCCUUUAAAAGAGGGGGAGGAGAAGGAGUGGAGACAACUUUUAAGAAGUCAGAGAUAAACGGCUGUGAAGCUUGGCGGACAUUUAACAUUACCGGUCAGUUAUCCUUGGUUCUGAAAACUACUGCUUACCUUUUUUUUCCCAAUGAGCCAAUGAAAUUCACUGGUCAGCACUGGCUACAACCUGCGAGAACCUUCGACCUCCUGGCGACCCACCUACGGCACGAGAAUUCUCACUACUCUCCAAGGCGGCUUCAUUCUAGUCGCCGCUAAUUUUUCAACAUGUCGAAAAAUUCACAGCGACCAUAAUGAGGCCGCGACUAGUUCCCAGAAUGCUGGAACUCCUCGCGACCAUGAAGGUGACUCCCCGGGAACCAUCCGCGAACAUAUGGCGACUGCAUAGUCUGCAGUCGCCUAAAAAGUCGCCUAAGUGGGACAGGCCCAUAAGUAAAACAGAAUUUUCAAUUCCUGAAGACACUUUGUCAAAUAAAUAAAAAACUCUGUUCACCUUCACCAGCUCUUUGUCACUUGCACAUUUAUAUAUAUCCACAUUAAAUAGAAUGAAAAUCAGACAGCGUUUAGUUGCAAUUGGUCAAUCCACUACAUACAGGCCAAGAUGAUUAUUAAAAUCUUUCUGCAAUUUACAGAAACUUUAAUGAGUUUUCUAUGACUAAGAGGUUACGGCAAGCUCAUCUUUUCACUUAAAAUUAGAAUUGCUUUUCAUAACUAUCUUCUCAUCUCAGCUAGUACCCAUCUGGCAGCUUUCAACAGGAAUGUGAAAGCUGGAAUUAUACUGCCUGCAGAACUUGCUGAUCAUAGAAGCCUAAGUUUUCUACACAUGAACAGGUUAACGACCACCUAGCCUAGUGAUAAUUGUAAUGACAGAGGUCAACCAAACAGAUGACUUUGGUCUCCAAUCAGAAUUGAGCAGCACAAGUUAAUCACCUACUUUUUUUCAUUGUGUAACACAUGAAUGCAUUAUUGCUGAUGUAGAAAACUUUAUUCUGCAACCAGUAUUUGUGCUUUUUUGUUUUGGAGGUGGGGAGAAGAGGUGUUGGUGCAAUUAUUUUCAAAUGGAUUGUAUAAACUGGUCAGCACCUGUGGAUAUCAUUAUAAAUGCUUUUUGUUCAAAAAUGAUUUAUCCGACUGAGGUCCAAAUUGGUUUCAGAACUAUUAAACAAAUUUAGAUACAUUGCUCUGGAAUGACUCAAUAAUAUGGAUCAUUUUUUAAAGUUACUAUUAACUAUUAAAAGUUACUAUUAAGGUAUAGGUGACGUUUUGGGUUGAGACCCUUCUUUGAAGUUUGAAUUUCUGCUGUCCAUAAUUUGUAUUUAAACAUUUUUUAAUUAGCUUUAAAUAAUUUCAUAACAAAACUACCUGAAUAAUGAAUACCCUUCUCGACCCAAAACGUCACCUAUUCCUUCUUUCCAUAGGUGCUGCCUCACCCGCUGAGUUUCUCCAGCAUUUUUGUCCGCCUUCAAUUUUUCCAGCAGAUGCAGUUCUUUCUUAAACAUGUGCUGUUUAAAUGUUAUUUUAGAUGACCAGAGAAUAAAAGGUGCUAUUUAAAUACCAUGCUUCUUU